AUGCUCUUUGUCAUAUGUGGUGGGAUUUGGGCAGCGUAUCCGGUCGUGUUUUUGAUCAGCUUGGCUUGCGGGAUUUUCCAUUCUGUUAUAGCUGUGUCUAUGGCGAUAUCAACGUUAACAACCUUCAUGGUUGUUGUUUUUAAAUGCACGGGGAAACCUAUUGAUAUUGUUUAUGGAACCCACCCUGGUGUAGGGAAUGGUGCACUUAACAACUAUACCUUUUGUCACUACUGCUCCAAACCAAAGUCACCUAGAACCCAUCACUGUCGCACGUGUGGCAUGUGUGUCCUCGACAUGGAUCAUCAUUUCCUCUUUGUAAGUCUCAUGGUUUCACAUAUAAGUCACAGACUUAAAACCAAGUUAGUUAUUGGUUAA